AUGUCUUCGACCGAUCCAGUUCCAGACCUUGAAGCAGGUAUUCAAUACUGGGCUACCCAGCCCGCAAACUACGACGGCGUGCUUGGUGGAUUUGGAACGGGGUCACUUCCUCGUGUCGAUUCUCUUGGAUCGCGUCGCUUCCUCCUCGAUCUCCUUCCAGAACUAUCCACAGUCCCAUCGCCAUUUCGGAGUCUCUCUGCCCCUCCGUCCGAAACCAGGCGUGUGAGAGCUCUUGAUGUCGGAGCAGGAGUCGGGCGCGUCACGUCAGACGUCCUCCUUCCUCUUGUCUCAGAUGUCGUCCUGCUCGAGCCUGUAGAGCCUUUCAUCAACGAAGCCCGAUCACGUGGAAAAGCCAGUGAAUCCGGUUUAGAAAUAAAUGACAGCGGGUAUAGGGUCUUAUGGAAGGGUAUCGCUGAUCGAUCGAAGAGCGGACAACCCCUGGAUCGUGUCGGUUAUCUGCCGCAAGAUGGUGAUGACGAUAUGGAAUCGAAAUUCGACGUGAUAUGGUGCCAAUGGUGCCUAGGCCACUUGAAAGAUGAUGAUCUUGUGCAGUUCCUGCAGAGGAGUAGGAAGGCUCUACGUGAUGCGAGGAGUCUCAUCGUAGUGAAGGAGAAUAUAUGCCGCGAGCAAAGUGAGCCGGUGACUGUUUUUGACGAGCAAGACUCGAGCUUCACUCGGUCAGACCUCGCGUUCAAAAAUGUUUUCCGGGAUGCUGGUCUCAAGAUCAUCCAAGAGAAAAUCCAACACGGACUUCCCGAAGGGCUGUUUCCUGUGAAAAUGUACGCACUAAGGGAGGCAUGA